ACCUGCGCUAUAUUGUGUUGGCAAGAUACCAAAAGUUCCUCCUUCGUUGACUAAUUUCAAUGAAAAGAAACUUCUACCUACGUCCCUGUGCCACUUAUAUAGCGCUUGGAGUAACGUCAACGGACGCGUCAUUCCGCAUUGACGUUUUAUCAAGAAUUUCUUUGCGAUAAGGAUUUCCUCUCUAUGGAUUUCUUGAAUCCAUCAACUGCUGACGAACAAGAUUUCUUGACAUUGCAUAUAGAACUGUUAGGUUGAAAUUAUCAAGAUUUUAUUCUUUGUAACCUAGAGCUUACCUCAGGGCGUUUCAUUAUCGGCUAAAACAGGACAAAGUUUGUUAAAAAAUAUAAUACUGAAUUAUUUGAAGAACCUACAAGAUGCAUGGUAUUGUGCUGCUCUGUGGAAUAGAUGGAUAUUGUGGGUUUUAUGAAAAGGUUUCUAUACGAUGAGAAACUCUGAUGUAAUCAAGACUGCUAGCAUCCUGUGCUAAUAAUAUGGUGAUGGCAGGAACUGAGGGUGUGCCAGGGCCUGCCAUGGAAGAGCCACUGUCAUCCAGACUACAGUGGCUUCAGCAGCGUCGAGAGGCACUUCAGGAUAAACUUGCGCAAAAGAAUAAUGAAUUAAAAAAUCUCUGUGUUGAGGAGGCUGAACUUACUGGAGUAUUACCACCAGAAAUACCACUAGAACCAGGAGAAAGUCCACCAACAUUCCGUAGAAGAGUUGGCACUGCGUUCACUUACCCUCAGAAUCUAAUUAACAAACUCAAAAGCAGUGAAGCGGAGGAGUCUGCACUGGAAUUAGAGCGUCAGGUCCAAGUGGGCAUAGCUGAAGCUGCCUUAGGUAUAUUUAAUGAUCCAGCUGAGAGUAAAGCUGUGCGUCGCAAGCACAGAUUAGUUUAUCAACAAAGUCAAAGAAGACUACAAGAUUUGGAUGCGCGUUUAAAUUUCAUACGACAAAGUCAUGGCAAGAGUCACCGCCAAACACAGCUUCCUCAUGUCUACGGAACACAACCUUAUCCCCAAGCUCACGUCAAGCACAGAACUAAGAAGCCGCGACCACCCUUAGAAAGUACAGGUAGUGAAGGUAGUGCGAAGAGUUCCAGAGGAGUUCUUCAGGAAGGUGGUGUAAGUUUGAGUCCACUAGGACCAGAACACAAUUACAACACGUAUCCAGGACAUGGAUUCCAGGAUGGCGAGAACAUACGUCCAAUCGUACCAAAUGUCUACAAUCACAAUCGCAUAGGUCAUCCAGCCGUAAGUCCCGUUAUGCAUCGACAAAGUCCGAAACUCAUAGAACAUGAUCUCAACGAUAAUCACAACGUUUACAUCCUACCUGAACCAUACCGAACGCGAACAUAUUCCCACGGUAGCGGAGGUUCACGUAAUCAUAAUCAUUACACGGAUGCUGAGAGAAAUUAUCGUCCAGUACCCAACACGUAUACGGAGCAUGAGCGACAGUUACGUCAUAGACAGUUACAACAUCAACAACAGCAGUUGCAGAAUCAUCAACAUUAUCCACAAGAAUACAGAACCCUGGAUAACGACGUACAGCUUCGACACCCUUCCCAGGCUUACUACGAAGCAGAGCCUCAUGUUCAUCGUUAUGCCCAUACACCUGACUAUCAACUAUCUUGUCAACACCACAGUCAAUCACAAUCCCUUCAAAGGAGAGAGCGUGAAUUGACUGGCACUAGAAUUCCAAGGAAUCCUGGACCACCAAACGAUCCUCAUCAACCGCCAGGAUAUUGGAUGCGUUACGAGAAUGAUAUAAUAUGGUGUUCAGAUGAGAAACCUGUCGACAGAUUUGGAAGUCUUGAUCGUAGGAAGCACAAUGCACUUCAGAAUACAAAUAGUACAGGAAUAGACCCACAGUCUCGUUAUCACACAGUUGCAGGUAAUAAGACAUCAUCGAUGCUACCUAGACAUCAUCUUCCUCUGUACCCACCACUAUCCGAACAAGCCCCACCGAAUAGAAUGUUAUUAAGGACUCAGUCUCUAGGCAGUGUGGAAACAUGGCACUCUGGAUAUACACAGGAAUCACCUGAUAACAAAGAUACCACAGACAAUAUUGUUCGCAAGAAGGAAAAGGAGUGGUACGAAACCUCUUUAGAUACAGCCUCUAGUCCUGGUCCAGGUUCCGGAUCAGGAUCAGGCUCAGGCUCAGUCCCUGCAGUGAUACAUCAAAACUUUCGUCAACCAACAGCCUCAAUCCCAUCUAUACCGAAAGUCAUACCGCCCUCCAGAGAACUUCUCUCCGAGGAUCAAGACCAGAGGAAUCAUCGUCGCGAAAUGGUUCAGGAGGAGCAACGUCAGCAUCUUCAGGCACUACAAAAUCGUUACCACCAACCUGGCAAAAUACCCCUAGAAAUACCCGCCGAGUCAAAACACUCAGACAACAACGAAGUGCCCCUAGAAUCCCCAAAAAAUUGUACAAUAGUACAAGCUGGCAAAUAUCAACCAUACCGCGAAGUGACAAAACCCUUCGAGAUGUCAGACUUCUACAAGUACUCGACGAAAUUUCGCAAAAGAACAGAGAAUUCUCAAGGUCAGGUUACGACUGAUAGCACAAAUCACGUGGGUAGUUUAAAUCCAAGUAAACCAUUACAAGAUCGUCGUAUAGACACGAUGGUGGAAAUGAGUCAAGAAUUGACAUUAUCCAAUGUCGAUGACGGAAUUCUUCCUAACCCGGUGCAAAAAAGAAUAUAUCAACCCCUUCAGCGAAUGACUUGUCAACCCUAUGGCACCUUAAGGCCGGAAGAUGCUAGCAGCGAGUGGCACAUGUCAGAAAUAGAUCCGACUUCUAGCGCUACGCUGGUAUAGCAAGUUACAUGGAGAUAAGAACUUUUCAUAGUUGAUAGUGCACGACAAGGAUCAGUGCGGAUUUUGAAAACGCCAGUAUACUCCCUACGAAUAUUAUAGGGCUGUAAAUAAUUAUUCAAAGUGUCGAUUCACUUUCCACACACGUAACAUCGAUUAGCACUCAACGAAUGUGAGUCUAGAUAUUUUUCACACGCUCCUAACAUUGGCUAGUCGAGUGUCGAUUUCUGAUUUAAUUAUUGUUGCGCAAUUUUCACGAGUGAUACGGUUAUACAAUACUGUCAUAUAUACAUAUAUAUAUAUUUACCACCACUGGUGCCUUUGCAAAAAAUAUGCCAACAUAACUUCGUAUACUUAAAUCCCUACGAUUUGGCUCAUUAAAAGUGCGUAGGCAGAAACUUCUACGAAGGGAUUCACUGAUUGUGUUCAACUGCCACACGAUAAUGCUACUGAACGAUAAAAAUAUUAUUAUUAUAUUGUGAUUGCUUGUCGAAUAGACAUGUUAUUGUCUAGUACUAAUCAAUAAGCGUGCGUAGGAAUUCUUUUAGAGAGAGUACCAGGAUAAUUAUAAAAAAAUAUUAAUGAAACCCAGUUAUAUCUGAGUGCUAUGACAAUUUCGAAAUACCAACGUAAUUACGUACGUUUAAGAAAAACUCAUGCUAAAUUUAAGUGCCUUCGUACAAUAAUAGAUUGUAAGUGCCUUAUUAUUAUUAUAUUUAAGAGCCAAAGACUGCGUGUGAAUCGGACAAUUGUUAAAGGUUUAUCACAUCGGUUCGAGUGUCUGAUAUUUAUUAUAUGUAAAUCAAUAAAAGCCUAUUUUGUACGUUCCAA